GGUUCGAGCUCGACUCAGAAGUUGUCCGGUUCUGCUCCACUUGGGAGUGCCAAUGCGACAAAUCAGACUUCCGCUGAAGUCUACAUCAUCCUGCCCUUUGGAUUGGUUCCUCCAUCCGGAGCCAGCCACAUCGUUGUGAUGAGUUCCAUCAACAUUCCUCCCGCGCUGGGUGAGAGCUCCACAGGUGUUGGAAGUGUCUUUGCAGACUAUGCUCCUCCAGCCGCGCCAGCGCAGGGGAUCAGCUUUGCAGAUACGAAUCCUACAAUUGGAGUGGUGUCCGGAGAGGUGGUGGUCACUCGAGCGGCUGAUGAGACCGGGCUUGUCUCCUACAACCUUUACUUCGCAGAUUUCAUCUUGAAGCCGGUUGAACUGAUCGCAAAAUUGCCGGUCACCUCGACUACACUUUCCUACACUUUGACCGACGUGGCUAUUCCUGCCAAUGCGACCAACAUUCUCGUCCUGCUCGAGGGAACGGGAGGAGAGGCGACAAUCGGCGUGUCAACAACAGGGCUCGAUGCGCUUGAUGCCCCAAGCAACAUUACUUUCGAAGAUCUGGACCCACUUGCGGGCACAGUGCAAGGCACCAUAACCAUCCAGCGAGCCAUCUCCGAGGCCAACGUGGAAGCCUACGAAAUCCACUGGGCAACCGGAGAUGGCGCCACAGCUCCUAGUGCCUCUGAAUUGUUGGAGUCCAUCCCAGUGACUUCGCUGUCCUCCACGGUGAACUUGGUGAUGCGGAUGUACGACUCCUGGGGCGAUGGAUGGAACAGCGCCUUGUACUACAUCAAGUCCAGUGAUGGCAUGGAACUUGCGAGUGGCACACUGCAGACAGGUACAUAUGGUGAACAUGUAAUCUAUAACAUCUCGGGGGCAGGAACUCUGCUGAUUACGGUGACUCGAGGCUUUUGGCCAGCGGAGAUUUAUUGGGAAUUGAAAUUGGACACUGCCCCUGAGGGUGAGUACAUCCUGACUGCCAAUGGUGAGUACGGCACAUUCCCUGUCGAUAUGCCUUUCAGUGUGGCCAGUGGUUCUGGUGGCAGCGGUUUGCUGGAAACCACUGUUCCUUCGACAUCCAUUCCCAGUGGUGCCAAUCAUCUCUUGACCUUCAGCAGACUGACUUCAGGAGCAACGUCUUCAGCAGCUUGGACGCCGAUUGUAGACUUUGUGCCACCUGGGUCUUCCCCUACCUCCAUCCAAUUUGCUGACGCAGAUGGAGGGGUUGGAAUUAUCGCUGGGCAGAUCACAGUUGGCCGGGCCACAGAUGAGACUGGAAUUUCGGAGUACAAGAUCUAUUUUGGUACAAGUUCUUCCAGCAGAGUGCCAUCUGCCCAAGCCAUCGCAAGCAUCAGCACCUCAGUUGAUCCCUUGGUUGCAACCUUGCCUGCCACCACAGUGGCCACGGGUGCCAGCUACCUCUUGGUAUUCAGCUCUUCGUCAAGUGGAGAGAAUUCGCAACCAGCCUCGGUGAUGUUCUCGGACCUCCAGCAGCCGACUAGUCCUCCCGGCAACGUCAGCUUCACAGAUGUGGACCCCCACGAAGGCUACUAUGCAGGUGAUGUCUCUUUCAUUCGAGCCGCAGACGAGUCAGCAAUCACUCAUUAUCAGUGCUACUGGGGCAGUAGUGCCUCAGAUCCUGAUUUCAGCCUGGGGAUGCUGGAAAAUGUGUCAGUGUGGAGUACGCCAUCACUCUACCUUACAAUCUACAUCAACAGCACCCAAGCACCUUCUGGGAUGACACACCUGGUGGUCGUCAGUGCAAAUGAAGGCUACUCCAUGACCACUGGCAGUGGGGUCUUGCUGGUGGAUUACUCGACAGUUACCGUGUCACCCUCAAGUGUUGAAUUUCUGGACACCGACACUUCGCUGGCAAACAUCGGCGGAGCAGUGACCAUUGGUGCAGCUUCAGAUGAAUCUGAAGUGGUUGACUAUGCGGUCUACUGGGGUGUGACCUCCAGUGUCAAGUUGCCAGGUGGUUCUCAUGGAUUGAAUGCAGAGUUCUUUUUGAUGUCUUCAUGUCCAUCUGCUACCUCCUUUGUGGAUUUCUCCACCCUGGGUGCUCCUUUCUUGACAAGAAUUGACACAGUUUCCUCUUAUGGACCAGCCAGACCUGGUGGAAGUCUUUCUAUUUGGCCCGGCCUGAACCGAAGUGAACUCUUUGCAGCCAGAUGGACAGGUUGGUUCCAAGUCAUUAUAGCAGGAAACUACUGGGUGGGUGGUUCGGUUGAUGAUGCGAGCCGAAUCUUUGUGGAUGGUGUGGAAGUAUUCGGUUUUGUGUAUCUCACAUCUGGCUUCCAUGAUGUAGAGCUGCAGUACUUCCAGUGCUUUGGAAGCUCCUUUGUGGCUGCAACAGCUUCAGGUCCUGAUACUGGCUACAUGUCCGUGAGCCUCUGGGAUUUUGCCAGAAACGGAGUCAAGGAGCAGACACCCAUCGUCACUGCAACAAAGACAGGCUCUACUGUGGUUGCAACCAUCCCUGCUGGCACCAGUAUUCCAUUUGGCGCAAGUCAUUUGCUUGUGUUUGCCCGGGCAGCAGGUGGUCUCGAUUCAGUGUCUUCAGUUGGCGUUGAGAUCGUUGAUGUGGUGACACCGAGUGAUACAGCGCAGUAUAUGAACUUUAGUGAUACAGAUCCAUCUCCAAACAUGAUACAAGGUAUCCUCACAAUUGGUCGUGCUGUUGAUGAAUCCAACAUCAAUUUCUACAAGAUCUAUUGGGGAUCAAGUGCCACAGAAAUUCUGAAUGGCACCAGUGGCACCAGGAGGCUACAGAUAAGUGCAUCCAGCUCAGGACCCACAUGUUCAGGUGCCUCUUGCUCUGAGAUCAUCAUCACAGCUGGAGCAAAUUCCAACCAAUGGGUGGUGUCACGUGGGGCAUAUGGAAACAAUGAACGAGCCUUCAUCACUCUCACUGGUCCUGCAGAAGUUGAAUUUACCAUGCUUUCCACAGAGACAUGCUGUGACAAGCUCACCUUCCCAAGUCUUUCAUCGCCCAUCAGUGGCUACACACUUCCAGGCAUCAUCAGUUUGCCGGAUGGGGUUCAUUCCAUUGAGUGGUACUCGGAUUUCAGCGUUUCGACUUUUGGAUGGAGCUUCACCUACAGGUACUCAGGUUCCACCACGGGCACGGUUCCAAGCCUCAUUGCGAUGAUUCCGAAACCUUCUGGAUCUCAAGACUUGGUGGUUUUCAUCGAGAACCAAGCGCUCAUCGGGACACACUUCAUCGUCAAAACGGCCUUUAACUCCACAGAGAGUGAUAGUUCCCUGGCACUUGAAAUUGUGGAUUUGUCGCCCCCAGCGGUGACGGUUGGCGAGGUCACUUUCGUUGACACCAACACUGCAAUUGGCAUCAUCGGUGGCGGUGUUACCAUUGCGGCUGGAGCGUCAGAAAUCUUGGGCUACAACAUCUACUGGGGGAGGGACAGCGACAACACAAUUGCUAUGGGCAAUCCUGGUCUUUUGGGCGAGUACUUCUAUUUGUCCAGUACUCCCAACAGCAUGCCGGCCCUGACCUCUUCACCAGAUGUGGUUCAGAUUGAAUCACAACUGAACCAGCCAGAAACUACGAACGUUUGGCCCGGCUUGUCUGUCUCUGAGAACUUUGCUGCUCGCUGGACAGGCUACAUCAACAUAACGACAGGGGGAACCUACUUCUUCACGCUUUCGUCAAACGAUGGCAGCCAGCUCUACAUCAACAAUGCGCUGGUGGCUGACAAUGAUGGCUUGCAUGAGCUUCAGUCUGUUACAAGCCAAGGAUUGUAUCUUUUACCUGGUCUCCAAAGCUUGCAAGUCCUGUUCUUCAACGGCCAGGGUGGCUAUAGCAUAGUUCUAGAAUACAAUGGCCCCGACACCUCCAACUUGCGAAACGCGGUGCCUUCCAAUGUGUUGCGCCAUGGCUCACUCACCAACGCAUUUAUUGGUAGUGUUGCAGCAGCAGCUUCUGGAGAAUCGGUGUUCCAGAUUCAAAAUCUGGCCAUCUUGCCGGAAGCAAGUCACAUUUUGGUGCGCGGAUUUACAGCAGAAGGUGAAGGGGUGAACAGCUCUUCUGUAGAGAUCCGUGAUGCGUUUUCGCCAACCGAAACGGCCACUGCUGUGUUCUUCGCAGAUGAGGACCCCACAGCAGGGCAGAUUGCUGGCACCAUCGUGAUACAGGGGGCAGCCAACCAGAGCAGCAUCUCGCAUUAUGUGAUCUAUUGGGGAAGUUCAGCCACUGUUAAACUGAGUUCGAGCCCCAUUGCUCAACUUGAGAGUUCUGGUGGAAGUGGUUCAAGUCUCAACUGUGGCCUCAAAGGGUCAGAUUCCACACCUCUGCGCUUCUCAAGAAAUGGCUUCCAUGGGCCCAAAAUCGUCAAUGGACAAGCUGCCACAGAGUGUGAAUGGAGAUGGCAAGCCAGCCUUCGCUUUCCAACUGGAGGGGCUUUCUGUGGUGGAGCUUUGAUUUCGUCCAAGUGGGUCAUGACUGCAGCCCACUGUGUUGAUGGUGCUACUAGCUUUGUGGUGGUCCUUGGAGAUUUUAACAAAGACUCCAACCAAGACCAGCAUGCGAGAACGUAUGAGGUUCAACGCGUCAUUUCGCAUGAGACCUACAACUCCCACACCUUCACACAUGAUUUUGCUCUCAUAGAACUUCAAGAGGAAGUGGAAAUGGGUGACUGCGUGGCAACUGCUUGCCUUCCAGAGACUGAUGUCGCUGUCGGGCAAGAAUGCUUCAUCACCGGCUGGGGUACACUGAGUAGCGGUGGAUCCACACCAUCUGAACUGCAAGAAGGCAUGGUUUUCACCCUGAGCAACGAGCAGUGCAAUGUAGGUUAUGCAGGGCAGAUCACAUCAGACAUGCUUUGUGCCCAAGGAACUUCUUCUGGAGGCAUAGUUGAUGCAUGUCAAGGAGAUAGUGGAGGACCUUUGGUUUGUGCUGGAGCAGAUGGUCGAUACGUCUUGCAUGGUGCGACAUCAUGGGGGUAUGGCUGUGCAGCGGCGCAAUAUCCUGGAGUUUGGGCACGUAUUUCCCAGGUGUUGCCGUGGGUGACCCAGCACACUGGGGUUCAGCCAGGAGUUGGGUCUGGCAACAUUACCUACAACAUCAGCAGUCAAUCCAUUCCAAGCUCCGCAACGCAUCUCUUGGUGUACACGGCUAUGAAUGGUGUGGAAAUGACCACCGGCAUCAGCAUUCCUCUGGUGGAUUUUGCUCCAGUGCAAGCAGUGCCAGCAUCAAUUAGCUUCACUGACACCGACGCAUCCCCUGGAGAGUUGGGUGGUACCAUCACCCUGGGUCGAGCAGCAGAUGAGUCGCAGGUCGUUGGUUAUGCCGUCUACUGGGGCACUGCCUCGGAGAUUUUGGAGCUCGUCUCGGUGGUGCCCAAGGGUUCCGGUGGUGACGUGGUGCUCCAGCUGCCGGCGAACACACCAAGGCCCAGCGCGGCAACCCAUCUGCUGGGCUUUGUGACCUCCAGCAGCGGCACCGGGGCCAGCUAUGUGUCCGUGCUGAUUGUGGAUCUGGAUUCGGCGUCAGUGUCUGGUGGCUUGACUUUUCAGGACACAGAUCCAGCUGCCAUGCAGAUUGGCGGUACUGUGACGGUGCAGCGGGCAGCAGCCACCACGGGAAUCACCGCCUAUAACUUGUACUUCAGCAGUGGCAGUUCCUGUGAUGUGGUGGGCAGUCAGAUCACCAGCUUGCCGGUAUCUCCAGGAGGUGGGGGACCUUUGUGCAUUCAAGGUGACACUUGUUCGUCCAUCACCAUCUCUGAAGAGACUCCUGGAACAUAUGCGAUCUCACGAGGCAUGAGUGGCUAUCAGAAUUUUGAACAUGCCAUCAUCGAAUUGCAAGGGCCGGGCACAGUCCAGUUCACUCGAUUUGACACGGAAGUUGGCUAUGACACGCUGCGAGUGGAUGAAGCAAGCUUUUCUGGUUCAAACUUGCCACCUACACAGGUGCUUGGUGCAGGCUUGAAGGUCAUUGAAUGGUCUUCAGAUUUGAGCGUCACACAGCAGGGGUGGGCUCUGACCUGGCAACCUGAAAACACCUUUGGAGACAUCAUCUACAAUCUACCGAGUGGAACUGCCAUCCCUUCAGGAGCCAGCAGCAUGAUCGUCUUGUCGCAGACGACAACUGGAGAGAACACUGCUGCAUGUGCUUCAACGGAGCUGGUGGAUUUUGCACCUCCAUCUGUUGGUGCACAGGCCUUGUGGUUUACAGAUGAGAAUCCUUCUGCUGGCCUUGUUGCAGGGCUACUAACCAUUUUGCAGGCACGUAGUCACGAUGGAGUCUUGGAAUACCGCGUUUACUGGGGCAUGAACUCCACUACUCCCAUGGCAGGCAGUAGCGUGCUCUUUGCUGUGCCCGCCACUGUGGCGGGCACCAACUUGACAGUGACCCUGACUGCCACCAGCCUUCCAGGCAACGCUUCGCACCUGCUGGUGUUUGCCGCCUCGAGCCAAGGCGAAUCAGCCUCAGCAGCAAGCACGGAAGUGAUGGAUUACGCCCCGGCUCAGGAAGGUGCCCAAGGUGUCAGCUUCACUGAUGUGGACCCCAGAGUAGAAUAUGUGAGUGGAACUGCUUACCUCACCAGGGCACUGGACGAAUCCACCAUAGAGUACUACAAUUUGUACUUCUCAAGUGGACAAAGCAGGAUCAGUUUCAUUGGUUUCAUGCAGGCUGACUCCAUGACUGCCAGACCUUCUUGCAAUGGCCAGUCUUGUGGACAGAUCUCUAUCACCGAGGUGGCUGGAAAGUAUGAGGUCUCGCGCGGCACGUCGAUGUAUGAGAACAAUGAGUAUGCAAGCAUUGUAGUAACGGGACCCGGGCUGGUGCAGUUCAACUUUUUCAACACUGAGAAUCGUUACGACACUCUGACCAUUCUGGGGACAGACUACUCUGGAACGGAUGUGCCGGAAGAGAUCAGCAUGCCAACAGGGAGUCAUGAGAUCAUUUGGCGUUCAGAUGUUUCUGUCACCGGGGCUGGUUGGAAAUUUAUGUACGAGUCCUUGCGAUUGGUCAAUGUCGGAAUCGAGGUGCUUCCAAGCGUCUUGCCAGCUGGAGCCACUGAUUUGCUGGUCGUUUCGAACUCAUCAGGUGGAGAGAUGGCGUCAGGAGUCACCACGCCGCUGGUGGAUUACAAUCCGCCAGCUGUGGUGCCCGAAUCGGUGCGAUGCCAAGACAACGACAACAGCAUUGGCCUCAUUCAAGGAACUUGUGCUGUGCGACGUGCUGCGGAUGAGACAGGUGUGUCUGCCUAUGAGAUCUUCUGGGGCAAUGCCACACAUCCCUUGUCGGCAAGUUUGGGCAGGUUGGCACUGGCUGAUGUGACAGGAUCACCCAUUGAACUCACGAUUCCGUUUGUUCAGUUCAUGGCCGAUCCCGCUGCUUCGCAUCUCUUGGCCGUGGCGGUUGGCAGUGGUGGUGCAGCUGUAACUGGGGCGUCAACACUUCUGGUGGACAAUGUGGGCUUGACACUUUCACCCGUUUCCGUGGAUGCCGUGGGAGUCCAAAAUUCCACCUCCACCCAGACCAUCACCUUGACCAGCGCAGGCUCCAACCCCGUGACUCUGAAUAUCCAGCUGUUGAUGGAAGAUGGUUCUGCUAACAGUGUGGGGUCUGAUGCAACCAGCGCCUCAGGUGCCAGCACAAGCUCAGCGAGCUCGACGUCCCACAUCCCAAUGGUGUGCCUUGAAGGGGCCUCGCAUGUCACGAAGAGUCGCCUGAUCUUCAAGAUGAAAGGCAGCACUGCAGUCACCGGGAGACGCUUGCAGGCUCAUGCACGCAAGUUGGAAAGUAGGCAUGGAGCGAAAGUCAAGAGCUUCCCACGACUUGGUGGCCUGGGUGUUGCUGAGAUCAAAAAUGCCUCUGUUGAGAGCUAUUGCCGGCUGUUCACUGAGUUGGAUCACGAUCCACUUGUUGACUUCGUGGAAGAGGACCAGACAUGGCAUGCAAUUGGCAACAGCAUUCAGGUUCAGCCGGAAUAUGAUUUGUUCCCACCAGGUGGAAAAGUGCCAGCUGAAACCAGGAGAGGUCACAUGCACAGGCGAGCGCCACAAUGUCAUUUGGGCGGUUGCCAGGGAGGAAGGGCCACUCAUCCGAACGAUGAUUCCUACGACGAGUUGUGGGGCAUGCAUCAAGAAAGUGACAUUGACAUCGAUGCACCUGAAGCCUGGAAUAUUCACAAAGGCCUUUCUGGUCAAGUGAUUGUUGCAGUGAUCGAUACAGGAGUGGACUACAAUCAUGAAGACUUGAGGAAUCAGAUGUGGAGAAAUCCUGGAGAGAUUCCUGGCGAUGGUAUUGACAACGAUGGCAAUGGCUUUGUGGAUGAUGUUUAUGGCUAUGACUUCUAUGGAAAUGAUGGUGAUCCCAUGGAUACCAACGGCCAUGGAACUCACUGUGCUGGUACCAUCGGUGCUGAAGGUGGCAACUCUAUUGGUGUGGUGGGUGUGGCUUGGAAGCCCCAAAUCAUGGCCCUCAGAUUCCUGGGCCCCAACGGUGGAAGUACCACAGGUGCCAUUCAGGCCAUCAACUAUGCAGUGGAAAUGGGCGCUCACCUCACUUCCAAUUCCUGGGGUGGAGGUGGCUACUCUCAGGCACUCGUCUCUGCCAUUGAAGCUGCAGGCGCGGCAAAUCAGGUCUUCAUCGUCGCAGCUGGAAAUGAUGGACGAGACAACGAGAUCACUUCCACGUAUCCCUGCAACUACAACUUGCCCAACAUGAUUUGCGUGGCGUCGACAGACCGUCAGAAUGACAUCUCGAGCUUUUCCAAUUGGGGAGUCAAUGUUGUACACAUUGCAGCACCAGGCAGUAGAAUUCACAGCACCUACCUCAACAAUGGGUACAGUUCACUUUCCGGAACAUCAAUGGCAACACCUCACGUUGCUGGUGUGGCAGCACUGGUUCUGGACUAUGUGGGAACCAGCCUGCCCUACCAUCAGCUUCGGACUUUGAUUCUGGAUUCGGGCGUGAGAUUCUCCAAGUUCGCGGCAAAGGUGUCCACUGGUGCCCUGUUGAAUGCGCAUGCUGCCCUUGUGAUGGCCAGCCCAUUUGCUUGGAUCCGCCUGAGCGGAAGUGCCAUCAGUGCUGGAACCAUUACCAUUCCUCCGCAGAGCUCUACCAUGAUCUCCUUGGAGAUGGGAGGAAAUGGCUUGGAGCAAGGGGAAUAUCGGGCACGACUGCAGCUGUGGGGAACCUUCAAUGGCGUGCUCUAUUCACAGAUCAUUCCAAUUGUGUAUACCAUCCACAGCUUCGCGGAAGGUCCUUCCUUCACAGCCGCUGGCCUUCAAUUUCAGGACUUGGAUGAAAGGCGUGGCAUGAUCUCGGGUGCACUGACGGUCACCCGAGCGGCUCCGGAGGAGGAAGCCAGCUUCUCGCAAUAUCACAUUUUCUGGGCCGGAAGCGCACAGAGCAGACUUUCCGAGGAGCCCCUUGCAGCGUUGGACACUGGUAAUGUUCUUCAUGACAACUUUGCAACCUUUGACCCGACCUUCUGGUCGGGACCCAACGGUGAUGCAGAUGUUUCACAAGGAAAUUGGUCAGUGUCUGAUGGAGCAGCAGUCUUCUCUAACCAGUAUCCCUAUGCGCAUUUGACUCUGGCAAGGCGCUUCGCACCUCCUUUUACAGUGAGGACAAAAGUGAGGAAAGCAACUGGUGCCUUUGCGCACAUGGUGGUGCAGAUUGGUGGUUCCAGUGUGGGUUUGUUUGAUGCAGUUGGCAUUCGAGCGAUAUUCUUCGGGACUCAAAAGGUUUUGGUCACACCUGAUGGGAAACAUGAGACAGUACCCUGCAUCCUCGGAACUUGGUUUGAAGUGACUAUUCAGGUUCUGCAAAAUUCUGUGACUUUCGCAGACAACCAGGGAUGCGACACCAUUGUGAAAACGCUCCCAAGUAUCCAGGGGACCAAGACCAUUCGCAUCGGUGCUGAUUGUUCUGGGCAAUGUGCUGACAGCGGAGGAAGCGUUUGGGAUUAUUUCGAGGCCAGUGGAGGUUUGUAUGCGACUUUCAAUGUGCCAGAUGGCACAGUCAUUCCAACCGGUGCCACUGGAUUUGUUGCACACGGAUGGAACGUUUUGGGCAUGAGCCCAACUGGACUGUACCAGGCACUUUCAGACCAUCGAGUUGCCAAUCGCGCAUCGCAGCCAACGGAUGUGCAAGGAAGCUCAGCUACUACUAGCAGCCUCACAGUGUCCUGGACACGUGGAGGUCUGAACGAUUGCACGGGUUUCUUCAUGCGCUAUGAGGUCGUUACUCAAAGUGCCACUUCUGCCACUUGGUUUGAAGCAACUGGUUGUCAGGCUUUAGUGAGCCAGACAGCAGAAAGCUGUGUUGCAACUGGCUUGAGCAGUGACACUCCGUACCAGUUCAGGGUCCGAGUUCUCUGCAGUUUGGAAGAAACGCAGAGUUUGUGGAGUGAGAUUUCAGCCGCUGCUGUCACGCUUCCACUUCCUGCCGUCGCCCCAACACAGCUGCGAGUGCGGCUUCCGGGAUCGAGCACGUUGCUGGUCUCUUGGCAAUCAGGACUUCUGAAUGACUGCGAGUUUGUGGAAUCGCUUGUGGAAGGUCAGCAAGUUGGGCAGGCCACCUGGUUUCAACCGCAAGGCUGCACCGGUUUGACGCUGCUCAACGCCUAUCAUUGCACCGCAGAAGCUUUGACAGCAGGCACUCAGUACGUGUUCCGUGUGAAGACGAGCUGUGCAGAUCCUCAAUCCUCAAGCCCUUGGAGUGUCUCCAGCAUUCCCGAAUCGACUUUGGCAACUGUCCAGGCAUGGGAAUCCAAUCAGCGGAGACUCCUAGCAAUUGACAUCGUUUCAGAUGUGGAUUACAACGAUGUGGUCUCCAAUGCAGAGGCUUUCAAAUCCAGCAUUGCUAGCCAAACGGCAACCGCCCUUGGUGUCGAUGUUUCCAAGGUGAAAGUAGAAAUUAUGGCUGGUGAGGCGGCCUCUGGCCGUAGACUGGCAGCCAUCUCUACGGUUUUCACCGUCACAGUCGAAGGAGCCACCGAUGAGAGCGAAACGUCCAACCAAGUCGUAGCUGGCGUGGCCAGCACCGUUGCAGCCGAAACGGGUACAACGACUACCCUGUCGGUAUCUGGUACAUCAACCUUGGCUCCGGCCAUUGCUCCUGAGAAAAUCACCUGGAGUGACAUGGGUGAUGGACGCUUGCGGCUGCACUGGAACCCUCGGCCCUUGGGUGAUUGCUCAUUCCUGGCGUGGCACGUGCUUGUGAAUGUUGGAGGCUUGUCAACUCCCUUGUCUGGAUGCACAAACCUCAUGAACCUCUCGCAUACGGACUGCGUGGCAUCUGGAAUGGAUAUGCUGCAUAGCAACACAUUUACAGUUGGUGUUCUCUGUGCAAAUCCAAAUGCAAACAGUGACCUCUCCCUAGCAAGUGAUGCAUGGGAAGCCUCCGCAGUGUCGACAUCGCCGGAGACGCCCUCUCCAACGACGCCUCUGCCAGUGACCACGCCUUCCUUGGUGACCACGCCGUCCUUGGUGACCACGCCUUCCUUGGCGACCACGCCAUUGCCGGUGACGACGCCGUCACAGACGACUCCAGCCACAAGCUUGACGGUGCCCAUCGUGGCACAAGUUGGCAGUGCUGAAACACAGGUCCCCAGCUCCGCCAUGUUCGCGUGGGUGGUGGCCAAGCAGGCCAAUGGUCAGAUCCUGAAGGUCAUUGACACCCAGGUUUCCUUCCCGAGCCCCGGGGUGGCUUCUGUGAGAACGUCUUCCUUCGACGGAAGCAGCCUUUCAUCUUCAACGAACUAUGUCUAUGCUUUGUUGCGUACGGCCCUCAGGAAGUCCGCUUGUUUUGCGCCGGGUCUUCCACGCGCUCCAUAA